AUGCCUCACUCCGUGUCUCCUGGGGAGUCCCCUAGUCAUCGCAAUGAUGAAGAAGUCCUUCCGGAUGCUCCUCCAACAGAUGCGACCCCCAGUGGUCCAGAAGAGAAGGAGUCCGAAGCCACUGAAAACGAUACGAAAGACAGACUUGCGGACCUACUUUUCGAUGAUGACGAUGACGACGAAUUUCCUGCAUCUAGUGCGCCAGACACGAAGAAUGAGAACCCUGCUAGUCGAGAUGCAGUAGAUUCCUCUGCACCGCAACCCGCUCACGUAGACACAGAUACUAUGCUUGCCUUCUACCAGCGACUUUUCCCAUUCCGAUACCUUUUUCAGUGGCUAAACCACGGAAUUGUUCCUUCCCCAGACUUUGGGAACCGUGAGUUCGCGCUUACCCUACAGAAUGACGCCUACCUACGAUAUCAAUCAUAUGCGACGGCAGAUCUCUUCCGUAAAGAUAUCCUGCGCAUGAACCCGUCCCGUUUUGAAAUCGGCCCCGUCUACAACACAAACCCCCGCGAUCGGAAAACUUUACGAGGGGGUCAGAUGAAACCAGUUUCUAAGGAAUUAGUGUUCGAUAUCGAUUUGACAGAUUAUGACGACAUCCGAUCCUGUUGCGAAAAGGCGAAUAUCUGUGGGAAAUGCUGGACAUUUGUAACCAUGGCCAUGAAGGUUGUCGACACGGCGUUGCGGGACGACUUUGGAUUCCAACACAUCUUAUGGGUUUACUCUGGUCGUCGUGGUGCCCACGCCUGGGUCUGUGAUCCACGUGCUCGCAGUCUUCCAGAUGAUCGGCGACGGGCCAUUGCAGGAUAUCUGGACCUCUUACGAGGAGGGGCCCAGAGCGGCAAGCGUGUCAAUCUGAAGCGUCCGCUGCAUCCGCAUAUGUCCCGUAGUCUGGAGAUCCUGAAGCCUUACUUCGCCCAGACUACCUUGGUAGACCAGGACACUUUUGUUAGCUCGGAGCAGGCGCAACGCCUCCUAGCGCUACUUCCCGACAAGGCCUUGAAUGAUGCGUUGCGCAAGAAAUGGGAAUCAUCACCAGACCGCUCUAGUACGAACAAAUGGGCCGACAUUGACUCGCUCGCGAAGACGGGAAAAAGCAGCACUCUGAAAACUUCUACAUUACGCGAGGCGAAGCAGGAUAUUGUUUUGGAGUACACUUAUCCCCGCCUUGAUUCUGAAGUCAGUAAGAAGAUGAUUCACUUGCUCAAGAGCCCGUUCGUCAUACACCCUGGCACAGGUCGCGUUUGUGUUCCCAUUGAUGCUCGAAAGGCUGAGCAAUUUGACCCGCUUUCAGUUCCCACGGUCACACAACUACUUGGGGAGAUUGAUGCGUACGAUGCAGAGAACCCCAGUAACGGCGCAGGAGACGCUGUGGAUGGGGAGGGAAGCGUGCCCAAUGACUCUGAUGUGAGAGGAAGCCGCAAACUCCAGGAUUAUGAGAAAACGAGUCUCAAGCCAUAUGUUGAUUAUUUCCGCUCGUUCAUUGCCGGUCUUCUCAAGGAGGAACGCGGUGGGAAGCGGGAGCGAAACGAAGACAUGACGGAGGUGAAGACUGAAAGUAUGGAGUUUUAA